AUGCCGCUUCCCCCCGCCGAUGGAGUGUAUACUAUCAGAAACAUUGGCAGAGGCCUCUUGCUCGAUCUGAAGGACAACAGGACUGAUGAAGGCAACAAGAUCCAAGGCUACUCCAGAAAUGACACCAAGGCUCAAGAGUGGGUGAUGAAAAGACAAGAGUCACCAGACAAAGAAGCGUCCGCCUACAAAACCUAUAGCAUUCAGUCCAACAACAACGGCUAUAACGGUAACGGAUGCUUUGCUACUGCGAACCAGGAAUGGGAUGAACCAGUCGUUUAUACCAGGCAGUCGAUUCUCGUUGAUCUUGUUGAACGCGGCUUUGAAGAAAAUUUUUGGUGA